AAAUAUUAAUUUUAUCAAAAUAACAAUAAAUUUUCUUGCAUUUUUCUGAGACACUCGAAAGUUGUAACAAGAGUAAGAUAAAUAGAGAGUGAGUGGUUUAGAACCGAUGAGACCAACAACAGAGCAAAGUCUCAAGAGAAACAGAAAGCAAAGAGAGUUUCUUGGAACACAAGCAAACACAAAGAUGCUUCAUACCGGAUCAGUUUGGGGUUUCACAGGCUCAACGAUGACGAGCCUUAUGUUCUUCUGGGCGAUGUACAAACAAAUCUUCCCUUACCAUCUCCAAGUCCACAUUGAGAAAUACGUCUACAAGUUGAUGGGAUGGGUUUCUAGUUCUGUUCACAUCAAGUUCAACGAGUAUUCUGGAGAAGGUCUCGAGAAAAGUGAAGCGUAUGACUCUAUACGCAACUACUUGUCCACGAAAUCAACAGCUCUUGGAAACAGAUUAAAGGCCAACGAGUCUAAAAACAGCAAAUCUUUGGUGCUUAGUUUGGAUGAUCACGAGACAGUUGAAGAUGUGUUUCAAGGUGUGAAGGUGAAGUGGUCAUCAAGCGUGAGAGAGAACCAUAAUCGGUCUAGUACGAACCGUGAUAAGGGUUUUGGGGAGAUAACGUACUUGACUUUGAGUUUCCAUAGUCGGCAUCGAGAUAUGAUCACAAAGACUUAUCUUGAUCAUGUUUUGAGAGAAGGGAAAGAGAUUGGGCUUAAGAAGAGAGAGAGGAAGCUUUACACUAAUAACUCGAGUCACGAUUGGAGCUCUUGGAGAUCAGGAUCAAAGUGGAGCAACGUUUCUUUUGAUCAUCCUGCAACGUUCGAGUCUUUAGCUAUGGAUCCAGAGAAGAAAGAAGAGAUAAAGAAGGAUUUGAUAAAGUUUAGUAAAGGGAAAGAUUAUUACAAGAAGGUUGGGAAGCCGUGGAAGAGAGGUUAUCUCUUGUUUGGACCGCCCGGGACAGGGAAAUCGACAAUGAUAUCUGCAAUGGCUAAUUUCUUAGGGUAUGAUGUGUAUGAUCUUGAGUUAACAACAGUGGCAGAUAAUUCAGAGUUGAAGAAGUUAAUGUUGGACACAAAAGGGAAGUCUAUAGUUGUGAUUGAAGAUAUUGAUUGUUCGCUUGAUCUUACGGGACAGAGAAAGAAAAAGAAGGAGGAAGAUGAGGAUGAAGAGGAUGAAGAAGAGAUGAAAGAAGCUGAGAAGAAGAAGUAUAGUAAAGUUACUUUGUCAGGGCUAUUAAACGCCAUUGAUGGGUUAUGGUCAGCUUGUAGUGGAGAGAAGAUCAUAGUGUUCACAACGAAGUUUGUGGAUAAUCUUGAUCCGGCAUUGAUACGUAGAGGAAGAAUGGAUAAUCAUAUUGAGAUGUCUUAUUGUAGAUUUGAAGCUUUUAAGGUUUUGGCUAAGAACUACUUGGAGAUUGAGUCACAUGACUUGUAUGGAGAGAUUAAACGAUUGGUGGAGGAAGUUGACAUGUCUCCGGCUGAUGUUGCUGAGAAUUUGAUGCCGAAGUCUGAGGAAGAAGAUGUGGAGAUUUGUCUUAAGCGUUUGGUUAUGUCUUUGGAGGAAGAGAAGGAGAAAGCGAGGAAGAUGGCUGAGGAAGAAGAGAAGAACAAAGCAGAGAAGGAAGCUUGGAGGAAGAAGAAGAAAGCAAAGGAAGAAGAGAAGAGAUUGAAGCCGUAAUCAUAAGGAAGCUGAUGUAAACGGUGGCGCUUGAUUCAUUUCUUCAACAACAAGAAAACUAUAAAGAAGGAUCAGGAUUAGGAUAUGAUUAUGAUCGGAAUGUUUGUUGAUGUUUUUAGUUUAUAUGCUAAUUGAGUAUUUUAAGUUUCAUCUUAGAUCACUUAGGAUUAUGAUCA